GGACUUGUGGAUUUGAUGCUGCCUGAAGAGUAGGAAGACAUGACCUCAUGCAGGCUACAGCCCUGAUAAUGUGUGACUGAAGCUUCCCUAACAAUGCCAUAUCAAGAAUUUCCAAGGUAUUGUCACAGGAUCACCUAACUUUCCAAGACCUGAAGAUCUCGUGACCUUGCAUGUGGAGUCCCCAACAUGUCCCCCUUCCUCAUAAUGUUCAUUAAUGGUUGUUGUUUAUUUUGUUACUGUGCCAUGUAGUAUGCAAAGUGCCCUAGCUCCUCUAGAGACGCCCUGCCCCAAACCUGGACUUGCCCUCAGAAACCAAGCAAGUUCGUGGUACAUGCCUUCUUGGGCCGGGCAGCCAUAUUUCCCAGCAUUCUUGCAGAGCCCGAGCUCCUCGUAAGUUCAAAUCCCACCUCAUAAUGCUGGAUGUCUGCGUCAGGCUGCAUGAAGUAAGGUCGCCUGGUGAGGGCUCCCUGCAGGGUCAGGCAUUUCUUCCAUCACCUGGGGCUCCUCGUCCAACACCAGGGGUGCCAGUACCCUGCUCAGGGAUGCGGUCCUCUGUGGUCUGGAAGAGGUGGGGCUGGACUCUGUCGCCAUCACCCUUGUGACUGGCAGUCUGCGACUCGCCCAUGGGGUUAUCUGCAUCCAAGGCUGCCCUCAGGGCAACCAACGAUGAGCCCACGGAGCCUGAGCCGAAACAACUGGCUGAUCUAAUACAGUACAUCAAUGAAACUAACAUGAGUGUUGAACAUCUGGCUAAUAUUCUUUCUGAAAAAACUAGGAGCAGUAGCUGGGUGGUGGUGUUCAAAGCCCUGGUUACUGUACACCACCUCAUGGUGCAUGGAAAUGAGCGUUUCAUUAAACAUGUUUCAUGUCGGAACUCUUUGUUCACUUUACACAAUUUCCUGGAUAAAAGUGUCAUAGAAGGCUAUACUAUGUCAACCUUCAUCAGACGAUACAGCAGGUACUUGAAUGAAAAGUCACUUGCAUAUAGAAUGAUCUCAUCUGACAUCACAAAAACCAAGAGAGGGACAGAUGGUGUGAUAAGAACUAUGAAUACUGAAGAACUGCUAAACACACUUCCAGUUAUUCAAACCCAGUUUAAUGCUCUUCUUAGUUUUAACGCAAAUCCUGAUGAACUCACUAAUGGUAUAAUACAUGCUGCUUUUAUGCUCCUCUUUAAAGAUUCUCUUCGUCUCUUUGCAGCUUAUAAUGAAGGGAUCCUUAAUCUGCUAGACAAAUAUUUUGACAUGAGGAAGAACCAAUGCAGGGAAAGUUUGGAUAUUUACAUCAAGUUCCUUGGAGGAACAACCAAAUUGACACAGUUUCUGAAAGUUGCAGAGCAAGUUGGAAUUGACCAGAGCAACAUUCCAUGUAUUACUCAGGUACCCCACGGUUUACUUGAAGUACUAAAACAACAUUUAGCUUCUUUGGAAGAGAAAAAUGACACUUUACCUCCUUACUGAUUAUUUUGACUACAUGAUACAUUACAACCAUCAUUAUCUUCGCAAGCCCACGAACCUGUUGGAACCAGACAGCAAGGUGGAACGAUUAUAGCAAACAACCUAAAUGGCUCACCUGCUAGCCUUGUAGGAAAUUUUAACUUUGAAGAAAUCCCAGUCAACAGGUUCCAACUCCAUUGGGAGCUUCUUCUCUAAUGGCACCUCAACCCAUUGUUCAUACCCAGCAAGGCCUAAGGACCAGUAGUCCUUCCACUCCAUCCCCAGAACAUCAGGAAACCUUGUGACUGGGAAUUUACCAUGGCUUAUACUGAAGGUCUUCGUGUAGCCUGAGGAGUCCGGCCCAAAGAAGAUUCAGGAACAUGAAAGCAGAGUUCAAACCUUUUUACAUCCAUGCUUUUUAUUGGGUUUGGUGGGAAAGGAAGAGCUUGGGUGGACAUAGGGGCAGAGGUAUUUGGAGGGGUGUAAUUACUCACCUUGGGGCCCAAGAUCAGGUUUUCUAAAUUGAGAACUGCAUAGUUACGGAAGGAACCCGGAGGACCCAGUGGGAUUUAGUGACAACCAUGGGAUGCAGAAUUAAUACUAGUGCCCUGAUGACUCACCAGAGGUCGUAGUCAAAAUGUAUUAGCACUAGAAGUGAGUCUGGAGAUCCUCUAGUCCAAAGCUCACAUUUCACAUGUGAGGACACUGAGCUAGAUAGGUGAAGACACUUGUCUAAUGAGGCACAGCCUGUUAAUGACAGGGUUAAACUAGAACCCAGGUUCUAGGGCCUAUUACGCAGUGGCAAGCCUAGGAAUGGAUUCUGGAAAUAAAGCAGGGUAAUGUCUGGGAGUCCCCAGGGCCAUCAUUCUGGCUGAUGAGGUGGUGGGGUCAGGUUGCAGAAGGGUUAGUUGCCUGGAACAAAGGACCUCUCCACAUCACCUUGGAUAAAUAACGUCAGUCCCAGGAAAAAGGAAAUCACAUUGCCACAUUUUACCUUGUCUAGGAAAAUCCUACCUUGUCCUCUCUUGUAUAAACAGAACAAAAACACGGAAGAUACAAUAACAAUACACAGUGAGAACACCACCAGCACAUUCAGCAACCCAGGGUAGUGAGUAUGGAGGCCCAUUGGCAUGUCUGGAAAUAGAAGAAACAUGUAUUCUGACUUACUAGGAAAUAGCCCCAAGAGGCUGGGACAGCUUAGCAUGCAGGAGCACUAUCACAAUUGAGAGCCCUCCAGGGGAGUUCCAAAGCACCUAGGGGAAACUGCACUUUCUGCUCUCAGAAGUCAGGAUUAGAAACUGAAUCAGAAGGUCGAGCAGAGGCUGUCUCAGAACAUCCUGAAAUGCUUGGCAUCUCUCUGAAGGCCUUGGGCUCUUUCCCAGUGGGCUUCCUGAGAGGAAAUGACCCCAGUGACCAGGCUCAGGAAAAAGGAGACACAUUCCCCCAGCCUCAGGAUUUGCAGCUCUUCGGAGUAAUUUCAGAGGCUUGUGGAGAUUGGGACAGAACCUGUUACCUGCACAGAGCAAACAUGGAGUGAGAGUUGUGGGUUCCCAGCUGUACAAAUUUAAGUCAGCUCUUGGUCCUCUGAGUUAUGGAAGUUGCUAAGGAUAUCACCCUCUUCUUCCAGGGAACUCCGAUUGCAUAUCACAUCAUUUUCUUCCUUCUCUGCAGAGCACAUUAGUGUGACAUUUGCAGGUACUAUUCGCUGAAGUCAUUAAACUCUGGCUUCCCAAAAUAUGAGCCAGUGGUGCACUAGAGCUGGCUUGUAUCAGCUUGUGAGAACCAAUUGUUAAAUUUCUAGAAAUUCUGCAAGAUGGUUGUUAAACACAGUCAUCAUUCAAAAUUAAAUUAUAAAAAUUUACAAUUAAAUUAUUUUAAAAGCAAAGGUAAUAAAUAUUCAAAAUUUAUCACCUUCUAAUUAUUUUUUGACAUUUGAAUGUUACCUGUGCUCUUGAGGUUAUUUACGUCGAUUUUAUCUGUAUGCUACUGGGCAUGUCUUCCCAACUCGACAUGGAUUGAAAUCAGCCAUUGCGAGAGUAUCUACGCAACAGAAAUUGGUAGAUGCUACAAACUACGGCUUGAUCUAUGUUUGUAACUCUAGACUUGAAAGCAAUGGAGAAAAUGUUACUAAUGCAGAUUCAGCUUAAAAGUGAGUUGUGUCUGUAGCCAUUAUUGUGAAUAGCACCAAAAAAUGAGGCAAUAUUUUUCUGGUAUUUGAAAACCAUUAUCCAAUUCAGCAAGUAAGUCACUCACAUUGUUGACGAAUGAUCCAAGUACCAAUAUAAAAAUAAUUGUUGAAUUACUUUUUUUAUUACUUAACAUAAAUGAAUAUAUCAACCAACAUUUAUGUCAGAACUACACUAGUUCAUCAAUUGCAACUAUAGGUUGUCUAGGGAGAUAUGUAUUUGGCAAAAAUCAAAAGCAUCCUGCCAGAAUUGGUUAU